CUCCUUACAAACCCACAGCUGAACUACCAAAGUAUUAAGUUCCACGUUUGCCACCGAGUUUAUUGUUUGUGCACCGAGCUUCUUGCUGUUUUAUGCUUUAAUUGAGUGAUUUGGCCAUGAGCAAAGAUGAAAGUUGGUCUCCUAAAGUAGGCAGUCGAGUCCUAUGUGUGGUUGAUGGAUAUGAUCCAUGGCCUGGUAUGAACCAGAUGAAUGUCCCGAAGAUGUUUUAAAAGAGCGUCUCAAAAAGAAGGGAAUACUCUAUCUUGUUGCAUUUUAUAACGAUAACUGUUAUUAUUGGGCAAACACUAAAGAAUUGGAGAUUUUAACUGAUUCAAAAAUUAAACAUAAAGACAAACGCAUUUUACUUUCCAAUCAUUCUUUGAGAAAACAAUUAAACAAAGCAUAUAAUAUGGCUUUGAAAAUUCCCACUAUUAAUGAUUUUCGUAACCAGGUGCUUCAUUCCUCGGCCAGGAACACUAUUAAUGAAAAAGAUGAAGCUGUAAUUGAUCAAACUGGAUACAACAAUGAUUAUAGUGAGAGAUCCGCAACGAAAUCUUUGAAAAAAAUUAAUUCAAAAACAAUGUCUCAAAGAUCAGAAAAAGUUCCCACCACACCUGGCUUCUCUCAAUCAAAACAAAUAAAGAAAAAAAUUAAAUCAAACUCAAAACCUCGUUCUAGUGGCAUCACUAAAGGGACCACAGAAUCGCCUAAAUCAAAACCCGACAAUGAUAGCUUGGACGGUUCGAGAUUAACUUCCCUUAAAACCGAAAAAGUAAAAAAUAAUAUCAUAAAAAACGAAGAUUUUAAAGAACAAUUAGAACAAAACACUAGAAAUAAGCACUCAAAAAAGCUCACCGAUACAAAUAAAAACUUUGACAUUAAAGAAAAUUCAGAAAUAUUAAUAACAAAAGAAAAUCAUCACAAUAUUGAAAAAUCACUGCAAGAAAAUUCUGAAGUUUUAGAAAAAAGAAAAAAAAAUCAUGAGAAAGAACAAUCUCCCAAGAAAAACUAUCAAGACAAAUCCUAUCAAGAUGUAAAAACAAUAAAAACAGAGCAUACACAUACACAGGAGCUAAAAAACUUAAAAACUCAGGUAGAAAUCCCAUCAAAGAAAAUUGAAAAUAAAUCCCGAGAUAAAGACCAUCAAUAUGGAAAUUCAAAUGAAGAGUCAGAAAUAUCAAAUGAACUUAAGGAAGAGUUGCAAGAAAGAAAAAAAAAAAUUAAACUGGAAAUUUUAUCAAAAGAGAAAAAUUUUCAAAAGUUUCCAUCUAAAUCUAAUUUUGACCAAAAAGUUAAAUCGAAAUCUUUGAAAACAUCGACAGUUAUAAAAAAAGAAGAUAUCAAAGGCUUUCUGAAAGAGAAAGCUUCAAAUCGAAAAAAAAUUAGUACAAUUUCUAAAGUGUCAAUAAAAAGAGAAGAAGAAUUAUUAAAAUUUGAUUUAAAAAAACAAUCUUCAAAGCAAUCUUUCAAGCAACCUUCAAAGGAUGGUUCUAAGAAAGAUCUUCAAAAUGACACAAGAUCUUCAGGUUCUUUGAGUAGUACAAUCAAUCAAUCUGCAUCCACUGAGACACGCAAAAGAAAGAUGUCGGUUGCUAAUUCAAAAUCAAGAACUUCAUCUCGAUCUGGGUCCAUGUCUUCUUCAAAACUUUCAAUUGAAUUAAAUUUAAAAACUCCUGGAAAGUCUACAAAGCUGGUAACUUUAAAAUCUGAGAGAUUGGAAAAUCUUCAAAGAAAUAAAACAAUCAAAGAUGUACAUUUAUUGCAUAAAAAGGACAAAAUUGAGCCUUCCAAAAAAAGGAGAUCUUUAAGUCCUCCGAUUUCCGAGUCAUCAAAUGAGGUUCAAUUUAAAAAACGAAGAAAGUCAAAUACUAUCAAGUCUGAGUCUUCUGCCUCUACUUCUGCUUCUCUCCCUUCCACUGCCUCCAGCACUUCAAGCUCUUCAAGUGCUUCAAUUGUUGCAAAUUCUACAAGUGCCUCGAAUAUCACUAAAAAUAAGAGGACAAAUCAAUUUGCAGAUACAAAAACUAUCAAGAAGAAAAAGAAGGAUAAUUCUGAUUUGAUUCAUCCCAUUGAUAAAAAUUUUAACCAUCCCAUAAAAGAAAAAACUAAAAUUUUGCUUAAAAAGGAUCGAUUGGUCAAAUCCAAAAUAUUAAAUGACAACACUGGAACCAAUCUUCAAGACACAAAUAAAACAAACAUUGUCGAGAAAGAAAUUGGUGACGACAAAAGAAAACCUCAAAAUGGAAUAGCUAACAAAAACCACCAAAGUGAACAAAUUGUUAAGUCAGAAGAUAAUAAAAUAUCUCUGCCACAAAAAUCGAAAAUCGAAACUAAAAAAAUUAGUAAAAAUGGCGGAAAAAAACAGGAUUUACUAUUAAAAACUGCUUGGGGUUUUCGUUUUGAAUUACAAAAAAAUCUAAUCGAAAAAGCUAAUUUAACUGAUGAAGAGUUGAAAAAACAAGCUGCUGUUUUUAAAGAAUUGGAAGAGUUCAACAUGACUUUGGAAUACCUUGCUAGUACAAAACUAUAUAAAGUUUUAAGAGAAAUUCUCCAAAAGAAGGAAUUAGAAUUGAAUGAUACAUACAAGUUUCAUCUUAAAUCCAAAAUUCUUUUGGUUAAAUGGAAACAAUUUAUAAUGGAAAUAAAAAAUUUGAAAAGUUCUGAUAGCCAAAAACAAAAUCCUGAAAAUGAAUCUAUAGCCACUGUCGCCACUGAGCUACAAAUAACAGAUAGUGUUGACGAGAAAUCAAUUCUAAAAAAAAUAUCUAAUAAUGAUGUUUCAAUCCCUACCAAAGAGACCUUAGAAGGUGAGAAAAUAUCACCAAAAACAAAUGGAUUAAGGGACAAAGAAUCAGACGAGAGGAAUAAAACUAAUGAUAAACAAGAAGGUACAAGUCAAGUAAAUAAGACUUUGAAAGUAUCUGCCUCAAAAACUGAAUUUUUUGGUGAUCAUUUCACCUCAGUAAAAGAUAAUGAAAAUUCACUGAAAAAACUAACAGAAUUGGAUAAAACGGAAAAUCUUAAUAAUAAAGAUGCAAUUGAACCUACCAAGCAAAGUGAAAAUCAUGACGAAGUUAAAAAUAAAAGUUUAGAUCUAAGAGGCUAAUUUUCCUUUUCGGUUUUUAAUUCUGUCAGUUUUAUUCCUGAUAUUAGAAACUUUUUAGAGAUUUUUUAAAAAAUUUCAAGCGCUAUUUUUUUAGAAUAAUCCAAAUUAAACUCAAAAAAUAUUAAAAGAGACCGAAGCAAUAUCUAAUAAAAUGAAGUUAAGACAGAGUGAAAUCAAAAGAAAAAAACAAACAAUAUAUUUUAUAUGAAAGAUUUUGAUAAGAAUUCAAUAUAACAGGAAAUAC